AUGGCUUCCUCGUCCUCGUCCGACGCGGACGCCCGCGACCCCUUGCUCUUCUGUCCCACCCAGAUGCCCGACUGCAAGAUCUCUCCCGCCCUCGCUGACUGCUCGCCCUCCAUCCUCAACCCAGAUGCCGACGACCUGACUGCCGACUGGACGCAGUGGAUGCGCUGGGACGCCUUCGACGCCGCCGACGAGAUAUCAAAUCACGUGGACCUCACUGACUAUAAACCCCCAAAGGCCUCUCCCACCACUGCUACUACUGCCUUUGGCAGCGCUGCCGAUCUUGCUGCCUUCUCCAGCACCAGUUCCCCUGACUGCAAGCCCGUCUUCACCUUCCAGGGACACCUCACGCCGCCCCAGACCUGCGUCGCCCUGAAGGACCCCAGCUGUGACACCAUGGAAUUCCCCCAGCCGUCGUUCUCGCCUGCCUUUGCCUUUGACAGCCAGCAGAUGCCGGCCUUUGCUCCUCCGCUGGCCCUGGAUGUCCCGCUGGAGCACAGCCCGCCGCGCCAUGCUGCGUCCAACUUCCCGCCUACCCCUGUCUCCGCUGGUCCGGGACGCAAAAGGAAAUCGUCUGAAGCCGACAAUGUCCACGACCGGAGCUCGGGCGGCAGCAUGUCACCUCCUGCUGCCAGGUCUCUGCCAGCCAAAAAGAGAUCUCACAAUGUCAUUGAAAAACGAUACCGAGCCAAUCUCAACGAGAAGAUAGCCGAGUUGAGAGACAGUGUGCCCUGUCUCCGCGUUGUAUACAAGCAACGAUUCGGCGGAGGCGUGGGCCUCGACGAUGAAGACGAUGAGAAGAUGAUUUCCUCUACCAACAAGCUCAACAAGGCGUCCAUUCUCUCCAAAGCUACCGAAUAUAUCAAACAUCUGGAGAUGCGGAAUAAACGCCUCGACGAAGAGAAUAUCGCCUUGAAAAACCGCCUACGCCAGCUCGAGAAGUCUCAGGAGCAGGGCUUGACUGCCUUUCCCAUGACCAUGAACACUGCCUCUCCAGGUGAAUGUACGAUGUCCUCUGAAUCCGUCGCCAGCUCGCCUCCCAGUGUCUUUUCUCACAACCCUGAGUUCUCCCCAGAAGGAUCUCCCAAUCCUUUAUACCCCGCCGAGGGCUUGAUCAAAGUCCCGGAGUACUUCAAACGUCUUCGCCCCUCUGGCCCCCAACCCCAUUAUGCCGACUCAUUCGCCCCACGACAAGCUGGCCAGCGUUAUGAGUAUAGCGCCCCUGAAACCACCGUAAGACGCGGUGGAAUUGCCAACAAGUUCAUGCUUGGGACGUUGGCCGGGUUGAUGGUGGUCGGCACCUUCGAGACCCAAAAGGAAGAUGCAUCAAAUCGAGGCCUUUUAGGCGUUCCAGUCCAACUCCUCAGCACCGCCCUCGGCUAUGUUCGAGAUUAUGUCUACAUGAUCAGAACGGGCUCGUGGCAGAUUCGAGCCCUGUCUCAUUUUGCAAUGACAUCUCUCUUCGUUGUGGGGUGUGCGUUUUUCGUUUAUCUCUACCUCUUCUACUCACGGCCCAGUCUCCCAAAGUCCGCUCUGCAAAAAUUCCAAGCAGUUGCUGCCGGUGCAACCGAAUUCCGCCGUGACGCUUGGCUUACAAGCAUUCAAACCGUUGGAGUCCCUAGCCACAACUUCUUCCCUGAGUGGUUUGCCGUUACUUCACGCUGCCUCGAGUACUGCCUUCGUUGUCUACUUGGCUGGAAACUGUACUCCAUCCUCACUGGUAUUUCAGAGGACGACGAAAAGGGCCGCGUGAAGGCCUGGGAUAUCGCUUUAGAUGCACAGCUUACCGGCGGCGAUGCUGAGGUCAGCAAGAGCCGACUCGUUCUGACCAUCUUUGCCGCAGGCACUCUUCCCAGGAGCCUAUCACGGAUGAUGCUGAAGGCCCUGCACUGUCGAAUUCUGCUGUGGCGCGUGGGUUCCGGUGGGUCCCUCGCAUGCAGGAUUUCCGACCACGUUGCAAGGAUUUUAGCGAACUAUCAAUGGCGGCUGGCCCAACAAAUGCAGAAAACAAUCCCAAAGGAUCAUGAAGACGCUCUGCCUAGCCACCUGGCAUAUCUUCUUGAGCAUGACUGUGACGAAGUCUUCACCGAUGCCAUUGUGCAGCGAGCAUCCAACAUGAUCUGGAAUCGCCCCACCCAAGAAGCUACUGAUGACGAAGAUCUACUAAUGGACGUUGUGGUGGAGGACAGCGCCGUUCGCUCGCCCCUGGAUGCCGUGGCAGCUUGGUGGUCGAGCCAUGUUCUCCAAGAAGCACUGAUCCACUCUCUCGACGUUAUUUCCGUGGACUGUGGAGUCCGACGCCGGGAAGCUUUCGAGCGUCAUCUAGAGAUGGCACUGAAAUCGGCACCCCCUACCUCCGCUGCCUAUACUCGCGCGGCGGCGGUCAAGGCCCUCUUCUUCGACACGGAUCGGGUUGCCAACAUCAACUCUGUGCUCCUUGCACUUCCGCGACCCAAGCGCGAACAGCCCGCCGGCGCGACGAUCUUCUUGGACUCGUCCGUUCCGCCCUCCGCCCGCGAUGAAAUUUGCAUCGCCGUACGCUGCGCCAUGAUUGCCGCUAUCCUACGGGGCCAGGUAGGAAACGAAGACUCCUCCUCAGACCUCUCCAUCAACAACGCCAUCGAACUAUUCAACCGACUACCCAUCGACGCCGUCGAGCUGACGCUCCUUGGCUUCGCAUCCCUCUACCACCUGCUUCACAUCGUCUCCAUGGACGAACGGCUAAUCGCCUCCUCGUCACUCGCAUCGUCGAUCUGCUCCGACUCCGAACUCUCCAGCGCCGACGAGCCCGAGUCCGCCGCCGGCGAGACAACACGCCUGCCGCUCCCCGACUUCGCGCGCAUCGCGUCCGGCCUGGUGUACUGGGUCAAGAACGCGUACAACCCGAUCUCGUCCGGCUUCACGGACUGCCUGGUGGACAAAGUCGUCAGCGGGUGCGUGGAGGCGUGUCGCCAUGCGGGCGUCGACACCGACGAGCUGCAGCUUCUCGAGACGAACGACGCGGACUUUGAGCAGAUCGACUCGGCGUCGAUGUGCUCCUCGCUUGCAGGAAAGCAGCAGCAGCUCGAGCAGGUUGUUUCCGCGGAAGAAGAGAACGAGAUGAAGCGGCCUAGGAGAGCGAGCGUGCGAAGCGACGAUACAGGCUAUGGGAGUCUGAAUCUUGAUGAAAGCUGA